AAACUGGGAAAAAAACCGACGACAAAAGGAAAAGCCAGACGAACGAAGCAACUAAACCCUAACCCCACCCACUGAAUCGGCUCGCCGUCGUCGCCGCUCUCCGACAUCUCUAGUUCAAUCUUCCGGAAAUCAUAGUUCGACGGCAACUGUUUCGAAACCAAAGCCGUUGUCGCCAUCGGAGUUCGAUAAUCGCAUCGCCAUAACCUCACACCCUAGUUGGCAAUGGCGUCUUACGGGGAGAGAUUGAAAUCGACCUCCAUCAAUGGUGUUAAGAUGUACCAUGUUUCAUCUGCACCCAAUGUUGCGACUUGGCUUAAUCCCAAGAAGCAACGAGCACUCCGUAAAAAUCCCAAUUAUACGCAAAGGGUGGAGUUAAUUCAGGACUUGAGAUUUGAGACUGCCACAACGAAAAUUAAGGCAACACCUGAUGGAGAGUUCCUUAUUGCUUCAGGCAUCUACCCACCGCAGAUCAAAGUGUACGAACUGAGGCAGCUUGCCUUGAAGUUUGAGAGACACUUGGAUGCCGAGAUAGUUGAUUUCGAGAUAUUGGAUGAUGACUACUCGAAGCUUGCAUUCUUGUGCGCUGAUCGGUCUGUCAAUCUACACGCAAAAUAUGGGAAGCACUACAGUUUGCGUAUCCCAAGGAUGGGUAGAGAUAUGGCGUAUGAUAGCUGGUCUUGUGAUCUGCUUUGUGCUGCUUCUUCGCCUGAACUCUAUAGAAUUAAUCUGGAGCAGGGAAGAUUUCUCGCCCCUCUCAGCACUCAAUCCCCAGCACUGAAUGUUGUUUCUCGGAGCAAAUUGCAUGGGUUAGUGGCUUGUGGGGGUGAUGAUGGUGCCGUGGAAUGUUUCGAUACGAGAAUGAAAUCAUCAGCUGCUCGGAUAAAUGCUGUUUCACAUGGCGGUGAUACUGAUGCGGAGGUUACCGCUGUAGAAUUUGACGACACUGAAGGUAUUCAAGUUGCCAUCGGGAGUAGUACGGGCAAGGUAUUGAUUUAUGACUUGCGUACAUCAACACCCAUACGAGUUAAAGACCACAUGUAUGGCAGCCCGAUUCUGAAUAUCAAGUGGCAAAAGACUCUUAAUUCUCAGCAACCUAAGCUGAUUACUACCGACAAACACAUCGUGAGAGUAUGGGAUCCCAAUACGGGGGAAGGUAUGACCAGCAUUGAACCGACGCAAGGAGAAAUAAACGAUAUUUGUGUAUUCAAUGAAAGCGGGCUGAUGCUUUUGGCUCUAGAUUCUAGCCAAAUUCCGUCUUACUUUAUACCCGAGCUUGGACCCGCCCCGAAAUGGUGUUCCACUCUCGAGAAUUUAACGGAAGAGCUGGAGGAAACUGGUCAAACGACCAUAUACGAUAACUACAAGUUCUUGACAAGACAAGAUCUUGAUAAAUUGCAGCUGUCUCAUCUGAUCGGAACAGAUCUCCUGAAAGCCUACAUGCACGGGUUCUUCGUCGAUUACCGUCUGUACAAAAAGGCUGUGGCAGUGGCCGAUCCUUUUGCCUACGAAUCUUACUUGGAACGCAAAAAACAAGAGAAACUCGAAGCAGAACGUAGCCAGAGAAUUACUAAGAAGAGAAGGUUACCGAAGGUAAAUCGCGAGCUCGCGGCCACCAUCCUCCACGAGGAGGAAACUGAAGAGGAACUGAAAGGCGUCGAGGAUAAUGACGGCAAGAAAGUGUCGAAGAAAAAGAAGCCUGGAAUUUCGAGGGACGUUUUCGAAGACGACCGGUUCAAAACAAUUUUCCAAAACCCGGACUUCCAAAUCGACAAGGAAUCGAAAGAAUACAUGGCUUUACAUCCUAUCGCGGCUUCUUCGGAGAAGCAAGCGUCUUUGUUGGAAGAACACUUUGAACCCGUGGAGGAUAGCGAGAAGAGCGAUUCUGACGCAUCGGAAUCUUCAGACGACGAGAUGACAAGGCGAGACAGGAAAUCGAAAGCUCCAAAGUUACUUGAAGUCAAGGAUGAACGACACGCAGAAGCGUUCUACAACCGGGUCUCGCUCGCGAAAGAAGAUGCUCUUCCUCUGGGCGAGCGAGUCAAGGCUCUCGAGGAAAGUCGGAACAACGCCUCGGGCGUGAAACUCGGGCCCGGAGGUUCCCGAGAGAUUUCGUUCAGGGCGAGAAGCUUGGCCAAGUACAGGGAAGAGGAGGAGGAGGAGGAAGGAUAUGGAAAAAAGAGGAGAGGCGUGCAGUCUCUUGGUCUGAAGCAGGUUAGAAUCCCCGGUGGUUUCAGAGGGAGAGGCGGCCGUCGGGGUGGACGAGGCGGCGGUGGUGGGAGAGGCCGACGAUGAUGAUGAUAUGUUAUAACGUUAUUGUUUUUGUGAUAUUCUUGUCGCCAUUUUGAAAUUUUGGAAUCUGAAAAUAUUUAUCAUGUUUUAGUUUACAUUUAUCA